AUGCAAGAUCAAAUAGGGAUACCCAAUUGCUUCUCCUCCACCGGAGACAACUCGCCGGAAAAUCUAGCCGCCAUCACAAAGUCAGGACAGAGCGUGUUCACAUCUAUCUACCGGACAAAGAUCAUUAGCCACUGCCGUUUCAUCACCGUUACCUGGUGCAAGAAUCUUCUCCUCCACGGUCUCUCAAUCUCAAUCGAACGCCCGGGUGGAGGAGCACCAUACACCUGCAAAUUGGAGGUGAAAUCAUGGAAGUUUUGGAGAAAACAGGGUUCGAAGAGAUUGUUAAUAGACGAUGACAAAGCGGUGGAUGUUUUCUGGGACCUGAGGGCGGCGAGAUUCAAUGGAGAUGCGGAACCGAAUUCAGAAUACUACGUGGCCAUUGUUUGCGAUGAAGAGGUUAUACUUCAUUUGGGAAAUCUGAAAACAGAGGCGUAUAGAAAAACAAAUUGUAGACCUUCUUUAAUCGAUCCAAUAUUGGUGUGUAGAAAGGAACAUGUGUUUGGUAAGAAGAGAUUUUCGAGUAAGGGGAAAUUUCAUGAGAAGGGUAAGGUUCAUGAGAUCUGGAUUGAAUGCAGGGGAGGGAAUAAUGGGGAAUUAAAGACGGAACCAGAAAUGGAGAUAAAAAUUGAUGGGAAAUGUGUAAUUGAUGUGAAACAUCUUGAAUGGAAAUUCAGAGGGAAUGAAUCGAUUACAAUAGGUAGUAGAAAGGUAGAGGUGUAUUGGGAUGUUCAUGAUUGGCUUUUUAGUCCGGGAUUGAGACACGCUCUGUUUAUAUUCCGGCCGGUGGUAACGUCUCCAAUGGUGGUGUCUCCGCCGCCGUCGUCGUCAAUCAUGGCCGGAGAUUUGGAGACGGUGGAAGGGGUGGUAGGAGAAGGUGGGAGUUUGUCGGGUGGGUCAUGGGAGUUUUGCUUGUUUCUUUAUGCUUGGAGGGUGGAGUAA